AUGCUCAGCAGCAUUGCUACAUGGUCAGCUGAAAAGUACAGGCAGCGUGAGUUGGGAACGGGUGAUUGGAGCUACGAUCAUGCGCACUACAAGGGGGCUCUGCGGCGAAUGCUGGUGCCAACAGCAGAGGAGUACGAUGAGCAGGAGUAUGAGGAGGCUGGGGUGGAGUUCCUGGCAGCCACAAAGCAGCUCAUUGCACACUCCAGGCUGAGCUGGAAGCACCCGUGGGGGGUGCGCGUGCGGCUGGCGGAGAUGUUGCUAGCGGUGGUGCAGCGCGGCUACAGCGAGGGGCCGAGUGAGGAGGCUGCAGAGCUGGAGGGAACGCUGGCGUCGCGCCUGUGGCCGCCCCUGGGCAUCAGCCACGCCGUGCAUGAGUCGCUCACCCCCUUCCUCAACUUCCGGGAGUACUGCCGCACCGGUGACGCGGUGCAGCUGGAGCGCACGAAGCAGCUGCUGCCGAAGCUGGCGGCCAGCGCCAGCUCAGCGGCUGCGGAGGGAGAGAACGCGGCGCCAGACGAGCAGCCGAUCGAGCGCGCGGUCAUCGAUGCAGUGGAGCGCCACGUCAUCCGCCAGCUCAGCGACUUCACGGCCGCCUUCCCCGAGGGCACUAGCCGUAUGCGCGGCCUUAUCGACGUCAUGCGCGUAGCCGUGCACUGCCGCGCGCCCGGCGAGGGCGUCGCCCGGGUGCUGGAGGGCUGCAUUGGGGCGUCUAUGCUGGCGGCCUGUCAGCGAAUGGCAAGCAGCUGCGCGCCGGCUGCCGCCUCGACCGAGGAGAAGCUGACGGCUGCCGCGCGUGGCGUCAACGGCCUCUCUGAAGAUGUGCUGUCGACGUAUGCUCCUGUUCUUUCCGCUGAUGUCAUCAACGCGCAGAGCCUGGCGGCAUGGCACCUGCACAUGCUCCUCGCCCCGCAGUUGCGCGCCUGGCUCGCAUCAGGCAUGAAGCUGGACGAGCGCAGCCUGGACCUGAUUAGGACAGUGCUGGAUCUGGAGGAGCAGCUGGCAUUGCACGCGGACCCUUUACAGCCCCUGGAGCCCUGGGGGGUUGCGCAGCAUCUGCAGCCGGUGCUGUACAGCUGGGCGGCUGGGCAGCUGGGCCUGCUGCAGUCCUGGACGCAGCGCCUGAUGGCCGCCGAGGAGUGGCGCCCCGUCACCCAGCCACGCGGCUGCUCCAGGUCUUGUGUGGAGAUGUUGAAGAUGGCGGAGGAUUCGGUGGAUGCGCUGUUUGCCAUGCGCGUGCCCGUGCCCCUCGACGUUGCGCGAUCCCUCGUCGAAGGCAUCGACUCAAUCCUGCAGCGGUAUGUGGAUGGGUUAAUGGCGAGGGUAGGCAGCUCCGAGGCGUUAAAGCCGCCGCUGCCGCCGCUGACGCGGUACAAGCGUGAUGUGGCACUCAAGCUCCAGUCCGCCAACAGCAACGGCUCCACACGGCCCGCCACCCUCCCCCUCGACAAUGGGAAGCACAACGGCAGGGAACACCGCGCCCCGGGGUCGGCCAGGGCGCAGCAGCAGCCGGACUCGACCGAGCUCACCACAACGGCGCUGACGUGCCGCCUCAGCUCCCUGGACCACCUCUUGAUCAGGCUCCCGGCCCUGUCCGCCUCCGUCCUCUCACGGUAUGAUGAGACCAGCAGCACGGCGGGGCAGGCUCCCUGGCUGGAGGGGCUGUUUGGCGGGGCCCAGCAGAGCAUCCACAUGGCUGCCAAACGUCUCAAUGCCUACAUCGCCGCCAAGGUGGUGUACGUGGACCUUCGGCAGGCGCUGGUGGAGGAGGUGUACCGGCACAGCGUGCAGCAAGCCAGAUUAGGCCCAGUGCUGGAGCAGAUCGACGAGGCCCUGGGCGCGCUGUGCGAGGCCACCCCCAAGGAGCUGCACGAAGGCAUCAGCGCAGCGCUGUUGGGGGCGGUUGUGGAAGCGCUGUUGAGAGUCCUGCUGCAUGGUGGUCCCUGCAGGUGGUUUAUAAUAGAUGACGUGGACAUGCUGGAGGACGAUCUGCAGCUGCUGAAGGGGCUCUUUGAUGCGGACGGCGAAGGGCUGUCCCGGCAGCGCAUCGAUGAGCUCUGCGCGCCGCUCACUGCAGCGCUGGUCGUGAUGCAGCUCGACACUGGCAUUCUCAUCACCAACUACAAGCAGGCGAGGGCACAGGAGAAGGGGAAUGGGCAUGCGCGGCGGCCGAGCGCGCUGAACGGGCCAGCGUACGAUGCCGGCAUGAUUGUGAGCGUGCUAGCGCACCGUGCUGACCGAGCGGCCUCCAAGUUCCUGAAGAAGGAGCUGUCGCUGCCAAAGUCCGACGGCAGCCCCACCAACCUGUCUGGCUUCACCAGCGGCUUUUCCCGGCUGACCAACAAGAUGCGCAAUGCAAUGUGAGUACAUGGGGAAACCGCAUGCUUUCUAAAUGCUCAAUCUGGUCCUCUAUCCAGAUUCCUGUAAAAGCGCUGCUAGAGAGAUGCAAGCGAGCAGCACGAGAAAUACAAACAAAUGCUAUAUAGCUCAAAUGAGACUUGUGACGACAUGUAUGCGGUUAGAGUAUGGCCUUAAGGCCAAGCGCUUGCAGCACAACACAGGGCUGACAACUUCUGCUGAGGUCUGGUUGUGACCGUUUCAUCCUUUCUCCACCACCUCUAAAUGCAGCCCCUAUGCUAUGUUGUUGUGACAAGGAGGCAGGGCGCUGCCUCCUUGUCACACGCGAUUCAUUGAUUUUCUGUUCUGUAAAUUCAAUUGACUC